AUGUACACUCGCGCAAGAAAUCUAUUCCUAGAUCCGAGGGUCGAAAACCAUUUGGCAGUGUGCGAUUUCUUUGAACGCUCAGACAAGAGGAGUCUGUGCACGCAGAUUAGGGACCUGGUGGCAACCGCACAAGAUGUGGCGGAGAAUGAAUUGAACCAAAGACGCAGGCGGCUACGUCGGCUGCUCGAAGAAGAAAACAAAAUCUACGAAAAAGAGUUCGCUGACAAAGUAAAAUCGCGCGUUGAUGAAGACAUCCACUUGCGCAAGGAAAGUUUAUUGCAAAUCAAAGAAGAGCGUAAACGUCAAGAGAAAGCGUUUUUAGACCAAAAAAACAUACAGCGACAAUUGGAGAGCUGUUUCGAAGUGCGUGACGCGCUGCGUUUUAAAGAAACUAUGCUGACGAAGGAGAUACAGUUGGAGCAAAUACUUGAGAAAGAGCGCGCUCAGCUGCGUGAGCGCCAACAAGAUGAUUAUUGGCGUAAAGUGGACGAGAUCAACGCACAGCGUUAUGACCAACGACAGGCAAAAGAGGAUCAAAUGAAACAGGAUAUGAGGUGCACGGUACGCUGCAAUUUGGAGCAACAAAUUGAAAUACAAAAGAUCGAGGCGGAACAGCAACGUGCCACUGAGCGCGAGCAGGCUAAAGCGAUGGCUAAAAUUGCGGAAGAGGUGCGCUUGGAAGAAUUUGAUCGUCAACACGCAAGCAUAUCUGAGAAAAUGCUGGCCUAUCGCGCAGACCUGCUCGCCACUAUCGCUGAAAAUAAGGCGAGACGUGAUGCUGAAGAGUGCGAGCGCAUAGAAGAGCAUCGUCAGCUGAUGCGUGAGAUCAAGCAGGAACAACAGGACCAUAGCGCCGCUAUGCUACAACGUAAGCGCGCUGUCUACAAAGCAACAAUGGAGUAUCUCGAUUACGUGCGUCGCAUGCGCCAGCUGGAGGAGGACACACAAAAUAUGCGUAAUGCAAAUAUUGACGCUUUGCGACAUGUGGACAUCUGCACCAAGAGUAAUAUAAAGAGAGAGUUGCAACGCAAGGCAGAGAUAGCGGCGCUUUGUUAUGCCGAGCUACGGCGCCAAAUAUGCGAGGAAUACGAACGGCGGUUGCGUGAUAAGCAAGAACAGCGCGCACCGAAAAUCAUUGAGAAUCACUUUGCGCACCCAGAAAAGACACGCGCCGAACUCAUGACCGAAAAGCUUAAGUUGCGCAAAGGCUUGGAUGAGCAGCUGCUUGAAAACGCGCGCGUACGCGCAGAAGAAGAGGUCAAGUACAAUGCGGAACUGAAGCAGGCCGCUGUUAACCUUGAUUUUUGCAAAGAAUUGGCGGACAAAUAUUUGGCCGCGGGUCUGGACUAUUUGCCACCGCAUGCCAACUGGUUGAUUUAUAUCUGUCCACAGCGGCAAUUCGCUGAUAAGCCGCUACAGCUAGGCGCCGCUGGUGAUAGCAAGGAUGACGCCAAAGACACAUGUCGCAAGCCAUGCGGUUGUCAAGCGCGCGCUGACUUAGAUUGCCCGCACAAUAAUUGGUUGGCGAGUAAGCGCGCGCCAGGCGCGGAACAGAAGCGGUUUUAG